GUAGUGUCCGAAACGGGUCGGAGGAAAAAACGGGUCUCCCCAACGCGAGAACGAUCUCUGACAGUUCUCAGUUUUCACCAGAUCGACCCCUUCUCUCUCUCUCUCUCUCUCUCUCUCUCUCGCUUAACCUUCUGAAGAAGAACGAACUCUAGAGUUUGUGUGAAUUUCGAUUCCGAAACCCGAGCUGAACAAACCUGAAUCCAACGUUUUCACUGAAGAUCAGUUUGGGAGGUGGGAAAUGCAGCGUGCUCCGGUGACAGUUGAGGAACAGUUGUUGCAAAAAGCGAUUAAGGAAGAGUCUCCAUGGGAGAACCUUCCGAAGCGACUUCAAGCUACUCUAUCUUCUAAAGAAGAAUGGCACAAAAGGAUAAUUGAAACUUGUGUAAAGAAGAGACUCCAAUGGAAUAGUUGUUUUGCUCGUAAAGUUUGUAAAGAAAGCGAAUAUUAUGAAGAGAUGAUGCGUUACUUGCGGAGGAAUCUUGCUCUAUUUCCUUAUCAUCUGGCGGAGUAUGUUUGUCGCGUAAUGAGGGUAUCACCUUUCAGAUACUAUUGUGAUAUAAUUUUUGAAGUAAUGAGAAAUGAGCAACCUUAUGACAGCAUCCCAAAUUUUAGUGCUGCGGAUGCUUUAAGACUUACUGGAAUUGGGAGAAAUGAAUUUAUUGAUAUAAUGAACAAGUGCAGAUCUAAGAAAAUCAUGUGGAAACUUAACAAGUCAAUUGCAAAAGAACUUCUACCUACACAACCUGUGGAGUUUCUGAUUGAACCUUGGUGGGGAGUUUGUCUUGUGAACUUUACUUUGGAAGAAUUUAAGAAACUCUCAGAAGAAGAAAUGGCCACAAUAGACAAAGUCUGUAAGGAGGAAGCAAAUGCAUUUAUCCUGUUUGAUUGUGACAUUGUAAAGGGCCUUUAUAGACGGGGAUUGAUCUAUUUUGAUGUUCCUGUAUAUCCUGAUGAUCGGUUUAAAGUUUCCAGGCUUGAAGGUUUUGUUUCCAACAGGGAGCAGUCUUAUGAAGAUCCUAUUGAAGAGUUAUUGUAUGCAGUUUUUGUUGUUUCAAAUGAAAAUGCAUCUGUUGCUGAAUUGGCAACAACCCUACAGGCUGACUUGUCGCAACUGCAGGCUGCUGCAUCUUUUGUAUGUCGACUGGGAUGGGCAACAAAGGUAAUUGAUCCAGCAUCAGUUCUUCAAGAUACACGUAUACCUGGGUCUCCUAGAAAUGCAGUCAGUGAUGAUGAUGCUUCUCUUGCUAGUCAUGGUUUUGACAAUAUGCUUAUGGAUAAUGAUACCAAUCAACAAGGGGAUGCUUCAAGUUCAGGGAAUCAUGGUCCUCAUUCUGCCUAUACUCGUGUUGCUUUCAUAGUUGAUGCUAAUAUAACAUCCUAUCUUAUGAUGGGUUCUGUUUCACCAGGCCUUAAAUCUCAUGCUGUUACACUCUAUGAAGCGGGUAAAUUGGGUCAUGCUAGCAUUGCUGAUCUUUGCAAGGAUCUUAGCACUCUGGAAGGUGCAAAAUUUGAGGGAGAACUACAGGAAUUUGCAAAUCAUGCAUUUAGCCUGCGUUGUGUAUUAGAAUGUCUACAAUCAGGUGGAGUUGCUUCUGAUGCAAAAUUGGAGGAAGGAUUUGAUAAGAUGGAUAUGGCUACAAGUACUCUGAUAGCUGAUAUAUCUUUGGCUGAAAAAUCAGGAGAGACUGGUAUUGCAAGAGCUGGGAUGAAUAAUGAUGAUUUAUUAAGUUUAGAUUCAGAGAAGUCUGCAGAGGCUUCUGUUUCCUCUGAGGCUGUUCUUAAUAGUAUGGUUGAUGGAACCCAAUCUAUUACUUUGGAAGAUGAUGACAGUCACAUACAGGAAUCCAGUAAGUCAGACCAAAAUCUCCCGAACAAUGAGAAUCUAAUGGUUGAAGGGUCAGAGGUUGAAACAGAAAUGCUGAAGGGGAAAAAGAAAUAUCGUGUAGACAUUCUCCGCUGUGAAAGCUUGGCUUCUCUUGCACCGGCAACCCUUGAUCGUUUGUUUCUCCGUGACUAUGAUAUAGUUGUGUCCAUAGUACCUCUUCCUCAUUCGUCAGUUCUUCCUGGACCCACAGGUCCAGUUCAUUUUGGUCCCCCAGCGUAUUCUUUUAUGACUCCUUGGAUGAAAUUGGUAUUAUAUUCAACUGUAGGUAGUGGGCCUCUAUCAGUUGUUCUAAUGAAAGGGCAAUGCCUGCGCUUGCUUCCUGCUCCAUUGGCUGGUUGUGAGAAAGCUCUCAUAUGGUCUUGGGAUGGUUCCACAGUAGGAGGGUUGGGAGGUAAGCUUGAGGGAAAUUUAGUUAAGGGAAGUAUACUCCUACAUUGUUUAAAUUCACUUCUUAAACAGUCAGCUGUGCUAGUGCAGCCUUUCAGUAGGUUUGAUCUUGAUGGAUCUGGAAAAAUGAUUACUAUGGAUAUCCCUUUGCCCCUAAAGAACUCUGACGGCUCAAUUACCCCUGUUGCAAAAGAGUUAGGAAUAUGUGAAGCGGAAAGUUCUAAACUGAAUUCUCUCUUGACUGAUUUGGCAAACAAGAUGGAACUGUGGACAGUUGGAUAUAUUCGUCUAUUGAGAUUAUUUAAUGGAAGAGAAUCAGAUCCAUUCUCACCUAACGAAGAGAAUUAUGAAUGGGUUCCAUUGAGUGUUGAAUUUGGGAUGCCACUAUUUAGUCCAAAAUUGUGCAAUAGUAUAUGUAGAAGGGUAGUUUCAUCUGAGUUACUUCAAUCUGGCUCAUUUGGCGAACACCAUCAUGCAAUGCAAAGCUUAAGGAAAAAUUUGCGUGACAUUUGUGCUGAGUACCAAGCAAUAGGUCCUGCUGCCAAGCUUCUUUACCAGAAAGAGCAAGCUAAGGAAUCCUCACGACAACUCCUGAACUAUGCUAGUGGAAGAUGGAAUCCGCUUAUGGAUCCUUCUUCCCCCAUUUCAGGGGCAUCAAGUGAGUAUCAAAGGUUAAAACUUGCUAAUCGAGAACGCAGCCGGACUGAAGUUUUAAGCUUUGAUGGCAGCAUUCUUAGAUCUUAUGCCUUAAGUCCCGUUUACGAAGCUGCCACGAGGCCCAUUGAAGAAGAAACCCAAGCCAAUGUAAAAGCUGAACCAGAUGAAAGUGAUAGUAAAGAAGUUAUCCUUCCUGGAGUUAAUCUUAUUUUUGAUGGCUCUGAGUUACAUCCGUUUGAUAUAGGUGCCUGCCUCCAGGCACGUCAACCUAUUUCCUUAAUAGCAGAGGCGGCAGCCACCUCGGCAUCUUUAGUAAUCAAAUAGGUCUGCAGUUACUAUAGAUUACUCCACUUCAAUAUGCAUGAACGGCAAUGCUAGCGAGUCACGUGCCAAUGUUAUUGCUACUAUCUGGUUUGUUUUCAUCUUCGAGAUUGUUGUGGUCAGGUUGAAGAUUGAAUUUAUUUUGGGUUUCACCAUAUCCGGGAUAUUCACAAGUUACAGCUGCAAAAAAGAGUAAAGGUGUAAUCGUUGUUAAACAAUUCGGUGGACAUUACGACAGGAUUUUUUGCUCCUGUCAAAUAUUUGCAGCAAAACGGACAUUAAGCCUUCCGUGGUUCAUAUUAGAGGAAAAGAUGGCCGUUUGGGAAAUCAUUAUUGCCUUCCAUCUUUAAAGAUGUGAAUUCAUUGUAUUUUACUUAAAUUGUAUCCUCGUGAUGUGCCUUUUUCCAUUUGUUUUAUUAAUCUAAGAAAAAUAU